AAGUGUUUCAUGCUUGUAAAGUUUAGUAAUAUCCAUUAUUUUAAGAAGGAUAAAAGUUUAUUGAUAUAUAGACAAAGUUACUGUGGUUAUUUAAAAUAAGCAAUUUAGUACAUUAAUUAUAUAAAGAUUCAGGUAAAUUGUGGUUUGGGAUAGAUGGAGACAUUGAAAUCUGCAUUAUAAAUGGUACCUGAAGAUAUGUUGCUAAAAGAGAUAGUGUUAGUAUACUGGUCAGACAUAAUUGUAUUUUACAAUUUUUUAAGUAAAGAGGUAUUAUUAUAUUUGAAUAUUAGAUUUUAUAAUUAUUGGAUUAUUAUAGACAUUUGGCUACUCAUAUUUGUUUAUAAUUCUACGAAUUAUAUUUAUAAUUAUUUUAAAUAAGAAAUUCUAUAUCAGAUUUAUAUAAAUAUAGAAAACAUUUUGAUAGAGAUAAUGUUAUUAAAUAACCUAAAUGGUUUGAUAUAAAUAAACCAGUUCAUAAAUAAAUUGAAGAAUUUAUGUUGAAAUAAAAAUUAAAUAUGGGUAAUCAUACUGAUAGAGCUCUAUAAAGACCAUAAAUGUCAAGUAGAGGAUCAAAAUCAUAGAUUGCUUUUGAUACAAGAAUAGAUUAAACUAAAUUUUCAAGAUAAGAUAAUACAAUAAAAACACAUAGAGUUGGUAGAUAAGGAGAUAGUGAUGGAGAUGAUGAAGAUUUUGAAGAAUUGAAAUUAAUACUACAAAAUUCAAAUAUGUAAUCUAAAUUAGCUAAAAAGAAAUAAUAAUAAUAAGAAAAACAUUAAGAUUCUUAGAUGUCUUUCUAAAAGUAAUCUUAAGAAGAAGGUACUGAUUUACCUAAAGGUGAUUGAAUAAGG